AUGGCAACAGAGAGCGUUGGGGAUCACCGUGACUCGCGCAAUGUCUCCAUCGCGUUUCCUAGCUCUCACACUACAACGAACUCUCUCAUACCCGAUCUUCAGAGCACCGGCGAAGGCUCAUUUCUCAAUCAGCCGGAAGAGAGGAAGUGCCGUCAUGACGAUGGCUCUUCCGAAGGCGAACAAGAGUCAUUCCGCUCGCAUUUGAGGCGGUUUGCCUAUGUCCCUGGGGGCAUUGCGACAGCACGUCCAGAUGCGAAGAAAGCUGGCCUUCGCCACAAUCUUCAGAGCUCAUCUGUCCUCGCCGUUCCACGGCAUAAGGCUCCUUCAAGGCCCGAACGUCGAGCGCAAACUGGUCCGCAUGUAGACGUGAGCAAGCGACGGCUUGCGGACCUCAAGAAGUGCGUUUGUUGCGAUCGGGAAUGGACCGUCUUCAAGUCCUCCGCGGAUAAAACUUCCCACCUACGCGAUUGCGCUAAGAAGCGCAAGAUCACUAAUUUAUCAGAUCGUAUCCUCAAAGAGCUGGAUGAAGACUCGCGUCCGGCUGCUCCGCAUGGGCGACUGGGAAGAACAGGACUUAUCUCCGACCUAUCCUCCUACACUCGCCUCGAGGAUCUUGUCCACGGUGCCGCACGACAGAAGCGCAAGCGCCGCAGCGUGGCUACAGCUACGAUUCAGCCGAUUGCUCUGAAUGAGCGUGACAUUCUCGAUCGCGCUCAUGCCUUGCUACGGGGCGGGGCCACCUCUGUGACAAGCUCUACCACGGGAUCGCGGGAUGCACCAGAAGCCGUCGAGCCAUCUAAUUACGCUGUCAGUAUUCUAGAGCUCAUGGUCUCCAUCGCAUCGAUUGACGACGCCUCCAUAAAGCUCCCUCCAGCGACGCAACCAUUCGGCGAGUCAAGACUGCGCGCUCGUCAAGCGCUGCCAGGCACUCCUGGCGACGCGACGCCUUCCCCAGACCAUGAGCCUCAGCCCACGGGACGCUUCUACUUCCCGCCCCCUACAUCGUUUUUCUUUGCCGAGAGACUUUAA